CGGCUGCUUGAAGAGAAAUGGCGGUCGCUCUGAGCUUCACCGACGGCUAUGCCGCCAUGGCCGUGGCCAAGGACGGCCGCCUCGAGGUCGUGGCCAACGAGAGCGGCGAGCGCACUACGCCCGCCCUCGUGUCCUACACCUCUGACGAGACGUUGGCAGGCUACGCCGCGCGCCAGAGCGUUGUGCGUAACGUCCGCGCGACUGUUGGCAACUUUUUCCAGUACCUCGGUCGCAAGUACAGCGACGAGGAUGUCAAACAACGGCUGUCCAAAAACACUUUUGCUCGCGCUCAGUCGGGCAAGGGUGAUUCCGUGUCCUUUGUCGUGCCUCGCGGCGAUCAACCAGAGCUCAACGUGUCCGUGCCCCAGGCGCUUGAGCAGCUCUGCCUCACAAUGCGCAAAUCAGUGACCUCGUACCUCGGCUCGACCCCCUGGCAGUACACUGCCGUGACCUGCCCCUCACACUUUUCGUCUGAACAGCGCAGCCUUCUCGUGGAGGUGUGCCGUAAAGCAGGCAUUUCUGUCAGUCGUCUAGUGUCCGAGUCGACCGCCGCACUGGUGGCUUAUGGUCUGCACAACCACCACGUUCACGAUCAUCACAUUCAACGCCACGCAGCUCGACAAACCUUUGUCGUUGUGAAGAUGGAUGCCACAGAGACGACCGUCGAUGUGCUCGAGUCAGACCAAGGUCUGCUGCGGCUUGUUCAGUCCCGGCAAUCGUGCCGAGUCACCACUGGUCAUCUUGAUGCCGUGAUGGUGGAUAUUCUGAUCAAGGAGUUCCAGCGCAAGGUCAAGGCCGACCUGUCAGAGGACCGCCGUGCCAUGAUGAAGCUGCGCCUGGCUGCAGCGCGUGCGCGCAAGACGCUUGCCAAGCAGCCCACGGCUACCGUUUCGAUCGACGGCCUUUACGAGGGUAUUGAUUUGAACUGCACCGUGGCCGAGGCCAAGUUUAAUGCGCUUACCACUGACGUGCUCCGAGAUGUCACUGAAAUGGUGGAACAGACUUUGCAAGAUUGUGAAAAGGCCGCCGAUGACGUCAAUGUGUGUGUCUUGGCUGGCGCGGGUGCGGACAGUAAAAAGCUGAAGAGCGCCCUCACCUCCAUGUUUGGCGAGGAUUCUGUUUUGAAUCAUAUUCCCGGCGACGAGGUCUUUGCUCUGGGCGCCUGCAAGCAUGCUGAUCAUGCGCAGACGUCGGAGGAGGCAUCGGAAUCGACUCAGAACCGCGUGCGACGAGGAGCUGUUGGCCGCGAUGUUGGCGUUGAAAUGGCAGAUGGGUCCUUCAAGGUGCUCGUCCCCCGCAACACCCCGCUGCCCUUUGGCUACAAAACCUCGUUUGCCCUUCCCGCUGGACAGACGUCUUGUGCCGUGCACUUGGCGCAAAAGGAGGGUGAGGUACAACGGUUGGCAACGCUCCAGCUCCGCGAGUUGAAACAGAGCCGCGCCACCCUCUCCCUCGUGUUUGACGAUGAAGGCAGCUGUGUUGCCCGUUUGUCCUCGGAUGAUGUCACGCCCGUGAGCGCGACCAUUGACUCUGCGUAAGGCAGUGUGUGUGUGUCCUGACUCGGCUGCGUGACCCUGUUGGUGGGAUCACUUGUUUUGCCAUAUACUGUGUCUGCCAUCGUGCCACUACUACCCCCCUUUUUUUUGCUGUUCUCUUUUCCCUGUUUUGCUUUGCUUUUGCGAGAAGGAAGCAAACUUGCCAAUUUAAAUAGGAAAAAAAAAA